UAGUGGAUAACUUUAACCUCGAUGAUAACAAGGUCACAUCAUGGACGAGGAGUGUUACAAUUGAAUACAAAAAAUUUAAGAUUGUAAUUGACCAGGGUUUGAUUCAAAGUGGAUUCCAAGUCACGAUUGAUGGAGUGAAAUCCCCACCAGGCAGUAGCAAGGACAAUGGUAAUAUUGAAGUGUCCUUGUUGGGACUCUUUGUUAAAGUGCAAAUUAAAUCUAUUGGACUCUCAGUGGAGUGGGAUGGAGCAGCCAGGGCAAUCACCAUGCUAGAUGGCAGGUGGGGCACAUAUGUUGAAGGACUAUGUGGCAACUUCAAUGGAGA